ACUUUGUAUUGUAAAACAGAAAAACACAAAAUUUUAAUAAAAUUUUUCAUCAAGACGAGCAAAAUUAACGAAAAAUGUAUACAUUGGAAUCGGUAAGGCCGGUGAAAUCAGAUAUUGGUUCCACCGCUUCCGCCGCAUCCGGCGUGGCCAUGAUGCAAGGCAAGGCAAGGUGUCAAAGCCCAAGUCCAAGUGGUCUAUCCGAUUUGGUGAUGUCUCCAGCUGAUAUGCCGGCCAGAAGCCGUAAGGCUUUUCUGCAGCAUAUGGUGGAUAAUCUACCCAAAUCGCUGCAUAAUCGCAUUAUGGCACUCAAACACAAUCAAAUGCAGCAGAUAAAAAUAUCCGAGCAAUUCUUUCGUGAGGUAUACGAGCUAGAGAAGCGUUUCUAUGUCCAAAGUUGUGUGCUCUUCGAUGCUCGACGCGACAUUGUCGACGGUGUUGUGGAACCGCCGGUCACUGAACGCUAUUGGCACGAGGAGAGCGACGAGGUGCUUGAGGAGAUCAAGGCCACCGAGGAAUUCCAUCAGUUGAUUAAACAUUUGCCGCAAAUCCCAGAAAAUGUAAGGGGCAUACCACGCUUCUGGCUAACCGUAUUCCGAAAUGUGCCUCUAAUUUCGGAUUUGGUGCAGGAGCAUGAUGAGCCAUUGCUCAGUUAUUUGCAGGAUGUUCGCAUUUCCUAUUCGCCAGACAGCUAUACCAUCAAUUUUGCAUUUCAACCGAACGAAUACUUGCAUAUGUCCUCGCUGAUGCUAACCAAAAAGUAUUAUCUGCGUCAUGAGGCGGACAAGGAAUAUCCAUUUUUGUUCGAGGGACCGGAAAUAGUUCGAUGCGAGGGCUGUAACAUUCAUUGGCGCGAUGGUUCCAAUUUAACAUUGCAAACCGUGGAGCACAAACGUUCGCGCAAACGUUCCAGAUGUGUGCCCAAAGUGAUGCCCCGGGAAUCAUUCUUUCGUUUCUUUUCACCGCCUCAGGCGCUGGAUCUAUCGCUGGCCGAUGAGAAAACCAAACUGGUCUUGGGCAAUGACUUUGAGGUGGGCUAUCUGCUGCGUACACAAAUCGUACCAAAAGCCAUACUCUUCUAUACUGGCGACUUAGUUGACAAUAUGAAUGAUGAAUUAUAUCCGGAUGCAGCUUCAAUGUCAUCGUCCUCAAUGGAAUAAUAUCAACUCGAGACGCACACACAUACAAAAACCACAAACCAUUGGAUGUCUGAUGAACACUCAAAAUUAAUGAACUUAAUAUUUGUUUCUCAAUUAAAUACACAUACUUAUACAUAUAUUCUAUCUACUUAAA